CCCGAGCGGGCUUCCGUGUCCCGGGGCACGCUGUCCGAGCCGCCCGGGGCCAGGAUCCCGGAGGAGGAUCUUGAGACCAUGUGGGCACUGCCGCGCUUCCCAAAUCGUGGCUCACGUACCCUGGCCGUUGGAGAAGAGGUGUCCCAGACCAGCUAGGAGUGAGCAUGGCUGAGCAAGAGCCCACAGCUGAGCAGCUCGCGCAGAUCGCAGCUGAGAACGAGGAGGAUGAGCACUCUGUCAACUACAAGCCCCCUGCCCAGAAGAGCAUCCAGGAGAUCCAGGAGCUGGACAAGGAUGACGAGAGCCUGCGCAAGUACAAGGAGGCCCUGUUGGGCCGCGUAGCCGUGUCUGCUGACCCCAACGUCCCCAAUGUUGUUGUGACCCGCCUGACCCUGGUGUGUAGCACAGCCCCGGGCCCCCUGGAGCUGGACCUGACAGGGGACCUGGAGAGCUUCAAGAAGCAGUCCUUUGUGCUGAAGGAGGGCGUGGAGUACCGGAUAAAGAUCUCUUUCCGAGUGAACCGGGAGAUUGUGUCGGGCAUGAAGUACAUCCAGCACACGUACAGGAAAGGCGUCAAGAUUGACAAGACCGACUACAUGGUGGGGAGCUACGGGCCCCGGGCAGAGGAGUACGAGUUUCUGACCCCCAUGGAGGAGGCACCCAAGGGUAUGUUGGCUCGCGGCAGCUACAACAUCAAGUCCCGCUUCACAGACGACGACAAGACUGACCACCUGUCCUGGGAGUGGAACCUUACCAUCAAAAAGGAAUGGAAGGACUGAGCCCUGGCCUGGGAGGCGGGCAGGCCUUCGGACAGACAGACGGACCUGUCUGACACGCCCCACCCCUACUGCCCCCACCCCAUCCCAACCCCUUACCAAAGUGCUGACGGGUCUGCUCUCCCUGGCCUACCCUUCCCAUCCCUCCCGGCCCCACCCCGCAGGCCCCAGCCUCCUCGGUGGU